UGACUUGGUGAUGAGCUGAGCUUGCAAUGCAGGCAAUAAAAACCGUGGAAAAAAAAGUGACUUUUAUAAAGGAAAUACUUUUUACAGAAUCCUUCCUAAAGAAACAAGAAUGCAGCAGAAGCCCGGAGAGCAGGCAGCUCCGUGAGCAGCAGCCAUUGGAAGGAGCUGUCUGCAGCUCUCAGUGCUGUACUGAGCAUGUCCCAGCGGAGCCCAGUGCAAGCAGCACAUUAUGCAAAAAGGCAGCUCUAGCAGAUGGGAGAGAGGCACAGCAAGCAUUUACUUCGCUUGCAUCACCACCGCUUGAAAACAAACCUGGAUCGCUAGAGGGGAUCUCGCCGGCAGGCCAAAGGAAUGAAAUCUGGGAGCAUGGCUUGAUUGUCGAAGGUGUUGCACUGCAAAAAAUCAUGGGGAAUCAAGAUGGGAAGCUAAAGAAAAAUACAGGUGAUGUGCAUGAAGGAGGAGAGGAUGCCUCUGGGCCCAAGGAUACAGACGGCACAAAGAAGGUAUCGGGAAGCAGAAGGGGACUGGGGAAGCAUGCAAAAGGAAGUGAAUCUGGGAAGAAGAAGGGUAAGUCGGACUCGAGGGCCUCCGUGUUUUCAAAUCUGAGGAUCAGAAAAAAUCUGUCCAAGGCUAAAGAUGGGAAUAGUAGUUCACGGGAGGAUGUUUUGGAAAGCCAGGCCUUGCAGGCUGGAGAACUGGACAGUACUCAUUCAAUUGUAACCAAAACUCCAGAUAUAAGCAUCUCUGCAGAUGAAGGGGGUCUCUCAGACACAGAUGUGGAACAUUUUGAAAUCAGAAAUGAAACUGUCCCAGCUGCUGCAGAGACACAGGAUGGACAAAGGACCAGCUCUGGCUCUGAUACAGAUAUAUACAGUUUCCAUUCAGCCACAGAACAAGAGGAUUUGCUUUCUGAUAUCCAGCAAGCUAUUAGACUGCAGCAGCAGCAGCAGGGGGCAAUUAACAUUGGAACUGAGGACCUUGUCACCACAACAAUGGGCCGACACAUGGCUAAUUCGCAAGCAGCCCCCUUAGAUUUUGAACGGUUUCUUUCAGUAACUACCACUGACAAAGAGAGGAGCCCAGACACCGAGGGGGCUUUUCCAGCGAUAUCUGAAAUUGCGGAAAACAUUCCCGUCUCCUGUGCAACUGAACGUGAGCUGAAAGAAGCGGUAAAUGGCACAGGCUCUCCUGGUAACGGCUUAUUUGAAAUACAAGAACGUAAGCUAUUGACUGAGGAGCAGGAACAGCUCGUUGCUGGAGUGGAUGCUGUAGCUAGUGAAGUAGAAGAUGAUUUAAAUAGAACUGCAGUAGAAGAAAGUGGGUGUCAGACACACAGCUCCACACGACCUUUUCCAACCUCGGUAGCAGACGCUGAGAGUGAAAUUGCUGAAGUGCAGGCUGUUGAUUUUCAGGACUCAGUAAGAGAGGAUGGUAUUUCAGAUACAGGCCAUGAUCAUGCUGCUGAGACUCAGGAAGGGAAACACUCUCUGUCAGCCAGCCGAGAGGACCUGCAUAAUGGUUUAUCCACAGAAAUUAAAAAUGGCACUUUGUCCUCCGAGGGGACAGCAGGCAGUCCAAUGCUUGGUUCCCGAUGCUUUAAGCCCUAUCUAAUUAAUCCUUGUUACAUCAAAACCACAACUAGACAACUGAGUUCUCCCAACCAUUCACCAUCUCCCUCCCCAUCCCAGAGCCCGCUUUUUACAAGGAGGCAGGAGUCCUUCCACAAAAAAGAAAAAGUCUCAAUCAAGAAGCAGAGGUCUGCUAGUUUAGCAGGUUUAUUUAGUCGUUCCGCAGACUGGACAGAAGAGGUAUCUAAUCACAAAUGUGAGAUACCACAGAAGGUGGGCUCUGCAGGCUACCUGGAGCACAAGGGGUUUAGAGAGAAAUUCCAAACGGAAAGAGUGCCUUUGACUCAUUCAAGAAAGUCCUCAGGGGUGCAGGCUUCUACAGAGACAUUUCCCAAUGUCUUUUCAGGACGAACUCUGCUGGAAAAGCUCUUCAGCCAGCAGGAAAAUGCGCCACAAGAAGAAGCAGAAAAACUGUGCUCUCGUAUUAUUGCAAUGGGUCUUUUGCUUCCAUUCACGGACUGCUUCAGAGAACCGUGCAAUCAGAGUGCCCAGCAAAGCACACCCACGUUUGAUCAAGACCAGCUUUAUACUUGGGCUGCAGUUAGCCAACCUACACAUUCAUCAGAUUAUAUUGAAGGAAGCUUUCCAAGGAGAAUUCCAUCUGCGUGGCCCCCACCCAAACCUCCAGAUGAAGAACAAAGACUCAAAAUUACAGAAGAAGAGUUGAAAUCUACUGUCCUAGAAACAGAGAAACAAUGCACAGAUGAUGUUCAUCAGGUACAGGAUGAUUUUGAGGUGAAAUCUGAGGACCGUGCCAGUGUCAUCCAACAACUUGAGCAAACCAUUGAGGAUCUGAGGACAAAAAUUGCAGAGCUAGAGAAACAGUUCCCUGUUGCAGAGGUACAGACUGCUGGGAGGGAGCAGGAAAAUGAGCACACGCACGCAGUCUGUGGGGAACUCAGCAGUGUGACUCUUCAAACAAACAGAGAGGAGACCAUACCCAGGACUGCGUCACAAGCGAGAUCUGUACAAACGUCACCAACGGAGGAUUAUUUAACACACACAAUGCCUUCAGCCAAUGCACUGCCACAGCCACCCCCACCACCGCACUUAGAAGGGGGCAAAAGUGAAGGGCCGACUCAGAAAUUGCCAGCUCUAGAACUAAAGCCCACAUUUUGUUCUGAAAUCUCCUUAAUUCUGUCACCUAAGCUAAUCUCAGUGCCGAUGGACGCAAGCCAAUCAGUAGAGAGUAGUAUGCCGCAGUCACUUCUUCCAGGACCCAAAGUUAAUUUGUCCCUUGCAUUUGAAGGGGAGACUGAAAUGCCGGCUUCCCAUCAGCCUCUAAGCACUGUAGAUGAGAUUUGUAGUGAACAUCUUCCUCCUUUGCCUGUGGAGCCCACAUGUAGCAUCAUCCCUCCAACGCUGCCAACCACUGAACCAUCGUCUUCUCUGUCUGGAGCACAUGGCCCUUCCCUUGCCACUCCCAUGUCCAUGGCAGGAGUACCACCCCCGCCGCCCCUGCCCGGCUCAGGGCUCCCUCCUGCUGCCUCAGCAGCACCACACCUGGACCACUCUUUGUCAGGCAUACCACCACCCCCUCCUCCACCACCUUUGCCAAGUGGGGAGAUACCAAUGCUGCCUCCAGCCCCUCCUCUCCCAUGUGCUGGAGUCCCACCACCACCUCUACCACCACCUUUGCCUGGAGCAGGAGUCCCACCCACUCCACCCAUUUGGGGCAUCCCUCCUCCACCACCACCACCUUUACCUGGGGCUAGUGUCCCUCCCCCACCUCCUCCUCUGCCUGGCCUGGCAAUGCCACCCCCACCCCCAGCACCACCUCUGCCUGGAGCAGGGCUGCCACCACCUCCCCCACCUCUGCCCGGAGGAGUCAUCCUGCCCCCUCCGCCACCUCUGCCUGGUGCAGGCGUCCCUCCUCCACCUCCUCCGCCACCUCUGCCUGGUGCAGGCGUCCCUCCUCCACCUCCUCCGCCACCUCUGCCUGGUGCAGGCGUCCCUCCUCCGCCACCUCUGCCUGGUGCAGGCGUCCCUCCUCCACCUCCUCCACCACCUCUGCCUGGUGCAGGUGUCCCUCCUCCACCUCCUCCACCACCUCUGCCUGGUGCAGGUGUCCCUCCUCCACCUCCUCCACCACCUCUGCCUGGUGCAGGUGUCCCUCCUCUGCCACCUCCUUUGCCUGGGUUGGGGAUACCACCUCCAGCCCCACCACCUUUGCCUGGAGAAGUAUCCCUUCCAGUGACAGCCCAGGGCAGCACCUACCCAGCAGGCCCACAGGUCUGUGGGUUUCUUCCUCCUCCAUUACCAUCUGGUUUAUUUGCAAUGGCGAUGAAUCAGGAGAAAGGGAGCAGAAAACAUGUAAUAGAGCCUUCUCGGCCAAUGAAGCCUCUUUACUGGACAAGAAUUCAGCUCCACAGUAAAAGAGAUUCUAGUGCUUCACUUGUGUGGGAAAAAAUUGAAGAGCCUUCCAUAGAUUAUCAUGAGUUUGAAGAACUGUUUUCUAAAACAGCUGUUAAAGAGAGGAAGAAACCCAUUUCGGACACCAUUACAAAAACAAAGACUAAACAAGUUGUCAAGUUGUUAAGUAACAAAAGAUCUCAAGCUGUUGGAAUAUUAAUGUCUAGCCUUCAUUUAGACAUGAGGGACAUUCAGCAUGCUGUUGUGAACUUGGACAACUCUGUGGUUGACCUAGAGACCCUUCAAGCCCUGUAUGAGAAUAGAGCACAAUCAGAUGAAUUGGAAAAAAUAGAAAAGCAUAGCAAGGCGUCCAAGGAAAAAGAAAAUGCCAAGUCUUUGGAUAAACCAGAACAGUUCCUCUAUGAACUCUCACUAAUUCCCAACUUUUCAGAACGUGUGUUUUGCAUCCUGUUCCAAUCAACAUUUUCAGAAAACAUUUGUUCAAUCCGUCGCAAACUUGAAUUGUUACAGAAACUGUGUGAGACACUGAAAAAUGGGUCAGGAGUUAUGCAGGUCCUGGGUUUGGUUCUUGCCUUUGGAAAUUACAUGAAUGGUGGAAACAGGACACGAGGACAGGCUGAUGGGUUUGGACUAGAUAUCCUGCCAAAACUGAAAGAUGUCAAGAGCAGUGACAACAGCAGAAGUCUUCUGUCUUACAUUGUCUCAUACUACUUGCGUAAUUUUGAUGAGGAUGCUGGAAAAGAACAAUGCAUCUUUCCUCUUCCAGACCCACAAGAUCUCUUCCAGGCUUCGCAAAUGAAAUUUGAAGAUUUUCAGAAAGAUCUCCGCAAAAUGAAGAAAGAUUUGCGAGCAUGUGAGACAGAAGCAGCAAAAGUUUAUCAGCUAUCACUAGAAGAGCACCUCCAGCCUUUCAAAGACAGCAUGGAGCAAUUCAUUAGUCAAGCUAAGGUAGACCAAGAAAAUGAAGAGAAGUCACUGACAGAAGCACAUAAAAGCUUUUUGGAAACUGCAGCCUAUUUCUGUAUGAAACCAAAAAUGGGAGAGAAAGAGGUGUCCCCGCAUUCUUUCUUCAGUAUUUGGCAUGAAUUCAGUUCUGACUUCAAAGACUUCUGGAAGAAGGAAAACAAACUUAUUCUUCAAGAAAGAGUUAAAGAAGCAGAGGAAGUCUGCAGGCAGAAAAAGGGGAAGUCGCUAUACAAUAUAAGACCAAAACAUGACUCCGGAAUUAAAGCAAAGAUAAGUAUGAAAAUCUGAGAGAAGAAAAGCAAAAGCCAUUGUUACCUGGUUACCAAAACUUAACACGCCUGUGGGUGGGGAGUGAGGGGGAAGGAAACUACACCAUCAUUUGCUUUCUUGACCUUUUUGAAUUCACUUUCUGUUCUCUAGCAUUUUCCACCAAUUGAUGUGUUACUGUACAUUCAUUCACAAAUGUAAUCACUUUAAUGGAGUGCCCAGCAAUAGACUAGGUACGGACUUGAGACACCUUCCCUGUACUCUGUAUCUCCUUUGCCACUCAAAAGUGAUAUUUUGUAAAGUGUAUGGUACAUUACAAGUAGGCCUAAUCAGCAUGCAUAAAAAGUGGCAUCUGCAUCAGUUCCGAACAUGCUGAAAAUUGCAUUAAGUUGAACUUCAUAAGAAUGCUACUCGAUACAGUAAAACACUUCCAUUCCUACUGGCAACAUCUGUCUAACACAAAUACUUCAUGGUACUGCACUUAGAUUAGGGAAAGAAAUGUUACUCCUCGUGAAUUGUUUGUAUCCGUUUCAUGUUGGCAUUUGUAGUUUGUAUUUUGAAUCGUUAAGUGCUGUUUAUACAGUAUAAUCAAUGCUUUCCCAACUUGUUUGGUUGCCCUCCAUGACUAAAUAUUUGUGGAACAAGAUGUUUACUGUAACUAUCUUUAAAAUCGAUAAGGCAGCAUACUUUUACUUCAUCUUUUGCCAGAUAGUGAAUGCCGGGUAGUAUGGGGGUCAGAAAUCCAGCAUUAAAAAAAAAAGGAAAAAAGAGGGAGUAAGGGAAAGGCAGGAAAAUACAGAAAAGCACAGAAGUAUCAUAGAGAGUAUGAGAGAGAUUUGGCUAUUAUAGUUUGUUAAUAUAUAAAGCAGCUAAUACUUUUACAUGAAUUUUAGAAGGUAUAGUAUAGUUUUAACUGCUGAUCACUUAAGUCAGGCUUUUGGCCUCAUGUACAUGACUUCCCUUUUGGAAUUAGCUUUACAGUUAAUUUAAAACUCCUUUAGAGAGCCAUUAAAAGAUGCACAUGGGGAUCGACAUUUAUGGAAAACAGUAGCCAAUUCUAGUGACAGAACAUAGACUACCAACUAAUUGACAUCGAUUUCACACUCAACAGUAUUGCAGACUUUUCCUCCAGGCUUUCGGUGUCCCUGACUAGGAGGUUAAUGAUUGAAAUCUGUGACUUCGGCCUUCCAUUUUAGACCACAUGCUUAAUUCCUAUUUGCGAUCCCAAAUUUACUGUAUCGGUUCUGAUCUGCUCAACCAAUAACAACCCCUUCCUCCAGUCCUAAUUUAAGAGCCCCAAACCAAUCAGCAUGAUCGAUAACAUUUUUCUUUCAAAACACACUUUUCCUGAAAGCAGACUGUGUGUGCAACUGAGUUGGAUGCACGUGCUCACAACCUUGGAGCCUGAAAGACACUGGGGUAAGGCAAAUGAGCUCUAACCUGCUGGGUUGGGUUAUUCCCUAUCUAAUCUAGCACAUCAAGAGACAUUCCUACCUGUCCAGAGGCUAAUAAACCCUACAGGGUGUCCUAAAAGGAAAUGCGAAAUGUGACCUCAGGAAUCCGUUAUUCUUCACGUAUACCAAGCACUAGAAAAUAUAUUUUUUUUCACUAUGUGAAAAGCAAGUCUCCUGUUGCUGACAAACCUAUGUGAAAAUCUGUACUUGUAGUAAUUUCUGGCAGGGAUAUAAAUUACCAAGAAUGGAGUUCUAAAAUUUUGUGUUGAUGGGAGUAACAUUACUAUUUGGGGAAGUAAAAAGAGGAGAUUAUUUGCUGUUACAACUAACUUAUGGAAAAAACUUUAAAAAAUAAAGCUAUUUUAAUGGCACUGAUUCAAAUCCAUGUUUGUAUUUAUGUAAACAAUAGUCUUUUCCUCUUAACUUUGCUCCUAAGUGCAAGGAUGCAGUAGCAUGUUUUCAUUUGUAGCCUUCCUGUUCCCUUCAGUACCUACAGUAUGUAUAUUACUAUAGUAAAUGAAAUAAUAGAUCAUCUAACAAAGAUCACUAUGUGCAAUACUGUAUUUAGUGUUUCUAUUUCAAUUUUUUUAGAAUGUUAAUUUAUAUGAAAAUA